GAUGACGACGGCCAAGACCCCGCUAAGAAUGUCAAGCAUCAGGCUUCUGCUAAAACGUCUAACUAUGAGCGACAACAACGCUAUCGGGACAAACAGCGACAAUACGUCAUUCGCCUCGAGUCUACCGUGAAGCGUCUUCGGAUAGACGUUGAUCAGCUGCUCAUAGUGCGCCACAGAGCCCAAGAAACGCAGAGAGAGGCUCGUUCUGGUGUCUGCGCAAGUCUGAUAAGCACUGCAACGAUGACGGCGUUUGUGACAACCAUGUGUGAAUGCAUGCAGUCAUUUGAGUCUGGAGCCCGAGAACAGCAAGCGAAGUUUCUCGAGUCGUCUAUGCGCGAAGACGUGCAGUACGGCGAUCUAGUCGGCCGCCAGAUCGUCCUGGAUCAGUGGACGCAAUUUGCGCCCAGCUUCGAUGGUAUACCCCCCGUUGUCAAGCAUUACACAUUCACGGUGGACUUCUCGGAGCAAGGUACAACGGUCGGGCACGCGGGUGCAGUUCUUCUUCUUUGCCUGACAGACGCGAGCCUGGCCAAUAUCUUCCCAAACACCUGUACCAAUCAACACCUGCGGGACAAGCUGCUCCAAAAAACCGUGGUGCCAUUUCCGGUGACUGCUUACUUCCAGUUCGAUGACCAAGGGAAGGUGUGCCGCUACGACCCCACAAUCGACUUCAUCAGCGGACUUUACGCAGUUCUGGGGAACUACGGCGACGUGGCGACUACGCUUAAAUCGGCAGCUGUCAAUGCUGCUGGGCAAUUUCGUGGU